AUGAGCGCGCCCGACGAGACCCCGCUCGAGCAAGCUCGACAGAAGGACAUCCCGUCCAUCCUUCCGCUCGCCCCCGGCGGGGUGUACGCGGUGAAGUGGGAGACCAGGGUGUCGCGCGCCGAACCGCUGAAAAUCACGCCGGUGAAGUAUGAACCUCCGUUCGCGGUGAACGAGGCGAAUCCGAGGUGCUUCUUCGACCUGCGCGCGGGCGGGUACUACUUAGGAAAGGUGGUGUUCGAGAUUAAAGAGGACGCGUGCCCGAUCACGGCGAAGAAUUUCAUGCAGUUGUGCGAGUACGGGUGCUACGCGGGAACGAUGUUCAAGGUGUACCCAGGGAACUGGGUCGUCGGCGGAGACUUCACGAAACUGGACGAGGUGGUGUACAACGCGGAGGAUCCAGAUUAUUUCGAUUUCGCAAACUUGCUCCCGGAUGCGAUGCCGGGUGGUCAGAGUAUUUACGGCGCUUACUUUGACGACGAGAACUACGAUCUGAAGCACAGCGGCGCCGGGGUGUUGACGAUGCAUAACAACGGCGGCGAAGUGCCCGGACAGAACGGUUCGCAGUUCAUGAUCACGUUCGAUAAGAAGAAUCAACUGGACGAUCGUCACGUGGCGUUCGGACAAAUCAUAGAAGGAUAUGACGUGUUUUGCGCUCUUCAAAAGCUCGGCGACGCGCGACAGAGUGGGGAGACGGUCCAGCGUGUCACGGUUGAGCGAUGUGGCUUGGAAAAGCCGUCUUCGUUCUCCGUGAGCGCCUCGAUGUCAGCUCGAGCGCCCACUGGUCGGAACGCAGUCGUUAGAAGAUCUAGAAAUCUCUCUUCGUCCGCACUCGGCGGUAUUGGUGCCGCGCGUGUUCGCCGACAGUUUGCCACUUUUCGCUUUCGAUGA